AUGCACACGAACUGCAGUGCGACGGAUUCGGCACAGCACUUGGAGCCCGCAGAGCUGCCCACCGACAUGUGGGACCUCCACAUCGAGGCGGACGAGCGCACACAGGAUCUCCACAAGCCCUUCUCCUCCUACUGCGGCACGAGCGGAGCCUUGAGCAGUUUGGACUUCGGCCAGCUGUUUGCAGGUGACACAGGAACUAGCCAGACGGCCUGCAAGUUCGCGCCGUUGAUUCAGUUCGGUGAGUUCGUGGAUACUGGCAUUGUGCGAUCGAAGACCACCACCAACUGGAAAGAUUGGCACCACCUCCUCGCAGAGAACUACGUUGAAUGCGCAUCGGGUGAAGCCUUGACGGCCUUCAAGUUGGAUGCUGCCAAGAGCAUCUACAAAUACGAGUGCAGCAAGAUUGGUGGCUUGGGCGCCUGCUUCGAUUACUACAGCGCCCAGGUCGAGAUCCCGAGCUUCAGCCAAUCGAUCAGCCACUGGGCGAAGCCGAUCCGGAUGAUGCCGGUGAGCUGUGGGCAGAAUGCCGUGCUGGGCAGCUUCCAUUUCGAGUUCUCCGAGGGGGGGAAGUGGGGUCGCGUGCGAAACUCGACUGAACUCAGGGAUUUCGGGCACCCCCAGACCAUGUUAGACGAUGUUGGGGUGUGCACGAGCUUGUAG